AUGAUUUAUAGAAGAGUAUUAGUGGAUGGGGUAUAUUAGACAUCGGACACUUACAGACUGGCCAAGAAAUAGCUUUAUAACUAGUUAUGUGGAUUUAUGAACAAUUUAUACUAACAUUUUUCUAGCGUGAAAUCAAAGACAUUAAGGAAUUCGUUGAAUUAGCUAGAAGAUCAGACAUCAAGUCUGCCGUUGUUAAGGUUAACAAAGCUUUAAACGCUAACGGUAAGAAGAUCAAGCAAACCAAGUUCAAGGUUAGAGGUUCUAGAUACCAAUACACCUUAGUUGUCAACGACGCUGCUAAGGCCAAGAAAUUACAACAAUCUUUACCACCAGCUUUAGAAAUCAAGAACUUAUAA